AUGUCUCACCCAUUAAAUCCUGGGACAAGGGCAAAGGAAGUGUGUUCAACUUGGAAACUCAUAUUCAAAGUUAAAGUGGGUUCAAAAAAAAAAGAUGGACACGUGUCUAUGAGAGUGAAAACAAGAAGACAGGGUAAGCAAAUAGUGAAGGCUUUAAGUCCAAAUGGAAAUUUGCUCAGGACUGAAAAGAGUGAGUGA